UUCUGAAAACCCACCCAGUGAUGUUGAAUGUAGAGACACUAAGAAGUUCUGUUUAGAUGUUGAAUCGAUUACAUCAUGUCUGCAGCACCAAGCUACCUCGACUGGUGUUCCCAUCUCUCAGCUUGCUUCCAAGAAAUGUGCCACUCUACUUUAUGAGGGCUCUAUCAUCAACCAGACACAAGCACAUGAUCAUGAGCUAUUCUUGGGGUGCCUCAACCAAGAUCACAGGAGAAAGGUUGAGCUUGUAGUAAACCUGAUCAAAAGUUUGGAUGCUGGGCAUAACUUUCACAGAGGCCAGUUUGUUGAAGCAUUCAAUUCACAGAUUCACAGCGAUUAUGCCAGGUUUCCACCAUGGCUGCUAUGGCAUCUCCACAGGGAAUCUAUCAUGCCCUUUGACCUCUUUGUGACCUCUCACCUUGGCCAUCCAAAAGUCCUGAGUCACGUGGCAGUAGACCUUGCCAAUUUGACGAUCAAAAAUCAGCAAACAGAAGAGGGCAUCUGUGAGUUGUCACAGCAAGUCUUUAUUGACACCCUGACUUACUUCAUCCAAGUUGCCCACCCAAGCAAAGAUGCUCCAUCUUCUGGAAGUACUAAAACAAUUACCAAGUGUGUGAAGGGAAUUUUGGACAAAGUGUUUGCAAAGCUUAUAGAAGCAGCCCAUGACAGCAAAGCAAAGUUUGACAACCAUGAAGGUUUGUUGCCAAUGGAGAAGAUACAGAACCGUGUGUCAAAAGAAUCUUGCCAACAGUUUGCUAUUCAUCAUGUCACUCAACUCCUGUGCCACAAUCCAACCUUCUCAGUUACAGAUGCUAUAGGCAAGCAGCAUGAAUGGAGCUUUGCAAAGGCAUCUCCUUGCACUGUUGGUUUAUUCAGGCAACUAUUGAUACCACUACAAGAAACUGAUGCUGUGGGACUAUUGAGGAGAGUCUUGGACCAGGAGGAAGUAAACUGGCAAUCAACUCUAAUCUACACUUCAACUAUUGUGAUCUAUUAUCCUCUGGCCCAACAGUUAGUCAAAAAGUGCAUUUCAGACUUCAUUGAGCAAGCUUUUGAGAGCUAUGAGGAAGAUCUUCUGAUCUGUGCCUUCCUAUUGGUCAGACAGGCAGCCAAUGAGGGCCCUCAUGUCUUCCCUUCUUAUGCUGCAUGGUUCAAGGAGACAUUUUCUUCAUCAUCUACCUUGGCUCACAGGAAAGCGUUCGUGUUUCUCAUGGAGUUUCUCACCAAGCUUGUACCUCAUGAAACUGCUGUAUCUCUCAGAGCUCAUGUGCAGAACCCACCCACUGCUCCAUCUAAAUGUCAGGAGGUUCUGAGAGACUACUUGCUCUUAGCAAAGACCAGGCUCUCUGACCUCAAUGAAUCUUGGCAGGAUAGUGGAUUUCCUGGAACACACAAACAAACAGCAGGAGCUAGGUGUGCAAGGCCUCAAGACCAGGCCCGUAAUGAUGUGGAUAUAGCUAUAGAAUCCUAUGAGAAGAACAACAGAAUCCCAACAAAUGUGUUGGAAGCAAGUAUCUUCCGGAGACCCUAUUAUGUGACUCACUUUCUUCCAGCUCUUCUGACCCCUAGAAUGUUACCUGACAUUGCAGAUGCAAAGAUGAAGCUAAUAGAGUCACUGAAGAAUGCCAACAAGAUCCCAGUUGCCUUGUACCAGCACUAUGAUGAGGCCUGUGCUAAAGAACUCAAUGAAUUAUUAGAUGGAGCCUUUUCUGAGGAUGCAAUGGAGGACUGCCUGGAGCCUCUAGAUGCCCUAAAGGCUAGUUUAGACAAGCUCAAAGGAAUUGUAGUUAGACUGCAAACUUGUCAGAGCAAUGAUACAACUAUUCAGGGGGAGUUGACAGCUCAGGUGACGCUCCUCUCAGACAAGAUGGCUACAGCUCUUGGUCUUGAUGGCUCACCCUCAGAGCCUCUCUCUGAUGUAGCAGCCAUUACCUGUGUAGACCUCAAGGAGAUUAAACCAAGUGUUCUGCAUAAAGAGGUUGCUGAAAUAGUACUGGACGCUUUUAGCAAGAUCUGUAAGGAUGCAGAGGUGAUAAAGCAAAGACAAGGAGGGGUUGGCAUGGGAAGCUUUCAGAUGGUGUGGGCUCGUCAGCUGGUCUCAAUGCUGAGUGGAUUCACAGAACUGUGUACUGCCCUCUAUCAUAGGGUUUGGAUGCUUUGCUGUCAGCAAGUCCAAUCAAAGACUGAUGCUGCCAUUGUUGGUGUUGCAUGUUUCCUGUUAUUCACUUACACCUUGAGGUCUCAGUUCCCAUCUGUCAGUGGAAACUCAACCUCAUCCAAUAGCAAGACCCCUUGCAGUCUUCUAGAAGCUAUCAGCUCUGAACUCUCUAUCAACACCUCACAACAGAUGCUGUUUACUGCAAGGUUUACUUCAGCGCUCCUUCACCUUUCUCUCUGCAUUUCUGCGAGUGAGUCAGGAGCUGCAUCAUUGAGUGAUAAAUUUAGAGCAACUCAACUGCCACCGGUUGCUGUAGAAAAAUUCUGUUUCCUCAUCCCAAGACUAUGUCCUGAGAUGAGAGUCACUCUAGAGGACUGUCCCAUGGAAGACGAUUACCAUGAUGCCUCUCAGGAUGAUGUGUUACUUGCCAUUGGAAGGUCAAUCAUCCCAUCAUCUGCUUUCAAGAAGAUGCUACCAGAAUCUAAGCUUUCAUUUGCACAGUGGAUUUCAUAUGAACUCGAUGUUAGCCCACAUGAAGAUAUCCUGACAGAUUUAGAGAGACAUGACUAUCACCAGUGGGCUAUACUGUGUCACUUCUUACCGCUCCCCACAGCUCAGGGGGGAUGCGAGGGGUGUCACUACCGUGCCGUUCGGACCCUCAUCAACGGCCUGAUGGACCACGAGACGGGAGGUGACCAUCGUAGAGUGACCGACGAUGAUGAUGAUGAUGAUGGGGUGGAUGAUGCCAAGGUGAUAGGUAGUCAUUGUCAUGGUCAUCAUCGACAUCGUGGGGGACAUUCGUGCUGGAGAGAACUGCUGCAGUCUUUGCAGGAGCUUGUUUCAUUGGUUGAGGUCAAUCAGGUGGACAGGCAGAAGUCAGGUGAUGUAGAGAAGUCACAUGAUCCAUGGCUGCUUUCAGUCCUUCAUGAACGACAGGCCAAGACAUGGAAACCUGAUAUUGAUAAUGCAUCUUCCAACGUCUGCUUCCCGUCGGAGGCACUUGAAAUUCAGGCCUUUAUGAGAGUUGCCUGCUGCUUGCCACCUUACCUUCUCUUUGCCUCUCACAAUGAUACCAGUCCAAGGCAGAAAGACCUUGAAGCACUGUCUCAAUUUAUUGGCAUACACCUGAAUUAUUGUGAUAAAGACAAUGAGCGUUAG